AUGAAGAUCAAACACCAGUUUACCUCGGUGGAACAUCCACAAGAAAAUGGACAAGUCGAGGCAGCCAACAAAGUUAUACUGGCAGGAUUGAAGAGAAGGUUGCAAGAUGCAAAGGGAGCUUGGGCUAAAGAGCUCCCCCAAGUAUUAUGGACUUAUCGGACGACACCACAGUCUGCCACAGGGGAAACACCCUUCCGACUUGCCUAUGGCGUGGAAGCCAUGAUACCAGUAGAAGUCAGCGAGCAAAGUCCAAGGAUAAUCUUCUAUGAUAAGGUCGGAAAUAUACAAGGGCACAAAGAGGAACUUGAACUACUCCUUGAGAUCCGAGAGCAAGCCCAGAUAAGAGAAGCGACGUUGAAACAAAGAAUGACCACCAGAUACAACAAAAACAUGGGGAAGGGAAGUCACUGCUAA